GGUCGGAUUGAGUUGUAAACGCUGCCACAGAUCUACACAACAUCCGUCCAGCUCUUCCAUCUACAGUAACAGGAGCCAUCUUUAGUAGCUCAUCCACAGUGUUUAUAGAUCGAACCCGGGUCUGUGUGAGGGGCGUGCGCCUUCAGAGUCGGUCUUUUCACACCAGCAGGGACCCUGUUCACCCACUGAGAAGAUCCACCAUGGCUCCAGCUCUGACCUGCACUGCCUCCAUGUUGUGUUUUGUGUAUUUUUCGUUGCUGUUUACCGGUGUGUUCUGUGAUGUUGACACAGAAGAGGAUGAGCAUGCUAAGCACUCGUACACGGUGGAUAUGUUUAACGAGGCGGUCCCCACUGCGCCUCACUUUGUCAUGUUCUUUGCCCCAUGGUGCGGUCACUGCCAGAGGUUACAGCCAGCGUGGAAUGAACUGGCAGACAAAUACAACGGCAUGGACGACCCACCAGUGUAUGUGGUGAAAGUGGACUGUGUCCAAGACACAAAGUUCUGCUCUAAUAACCACGGGGUCCGGGGCUAUCCCACGCUGAAGUUGUUCAGACCGGACCAGGAGGCAGUCAAAUACCAGGGGCCCAGGGAUCUCCAGUCUCUGGAGACCUGGAUGCUGAAGACCCUGCAGGAGGAGCCUUCAGAACCUGAGACCGAACAGGAGCCUCCUAAAGCCCCAGAGCCCAAACAGGGCAUGUAUGAGCUCACUGCUCCCACCUUCAAGGCCCACAUAGCCAAAGGAGCUCAUUUUGUAAAGUUCUUUGCCCCGUGGUGUGGUCACUGCAAAGCCAUGGCUCCAACCUGGGAGCAGCUGGCCACCACCUUCGAGCAUGCUGAGGACGUCAAGAUAGGAAAGGUGGAUUGUACGCAGCACUAUGAGGUGUGCUCUGAUAACGGCGUACGAGGGUAUCCCACACUGCUCUUCUUCUACAACGGACAGAAGACAGAGCAGUACAAAGGAAAAAGAGACCUGGACUCUUUCAAAGACUUUGUGGACAACCAGCUGAAGGCUGCUGCCAUUGAGCAGGAGGAGAAGCCCAGCGACGAACAAAAGGAGAACAAUGUCCCCACUGAGGAGCCGGCCAAAGAGGAGUCCGGCGUACUGACCCUGACAGAAAACAACUUUGAUGAGUCCGUGGCCAAAGGCUUCACAUUCAUCAAAUUCUAUGCCCCAUGGUGCGGUCACUGUAAGAACCUCGUUCCAACGUGGGAGGACCUCUCCAAGAAGGAAUUUGCCGGCCUCACUGAUGUCAAGAUAGCCAAAGUGGACUGCACUGUGGAGCGCAACCUCUGCAACAAGUACUCUGUUCAGGGCUACCCCACCUUGAUCAUCUUCAGAGCGGGGGAGCAGGGAGAGGAGCACAAUGGAGGACGGGACCUGGAGAGUCUGCACAGCUUUGUGAUGAGGCAGGCAAGAGACGAGCUGUAGAGUGUCAGUGAACGCAGCACGACUCGACUCUCCACCACUCUGCUCGCUCACACUGUGUAACUGGCCCGUAGGAUGCCGCUCUCUCUCCUGCAGUAGCCAAACCUCUCUCUUUCUCUCUCCUACAAAGGAGCCGGUGACAGACCGCAGCAGUCUGCUCUUUCUCUGGUGUUUAAGGACUAAAUGAUUCAGUUUGUUUUUGGAUGGGAAUGUAUCUCUUGUUGCAGGUUUUGGUUGGAUCUGCAAACGAAGUGACGACCACUUUGAAAGAACUGCUUCACCAAUCAGAAGCAGGGUUACUCACACUGUUUAUCAAUCGAGCGAUAGCAGAGGACAGAUGUCUCCAUGAUUUGUUUCUGAUACCAUUUCACUUUUUUUAAAUGCUAAAUUUUAUAUAUGUGAUCAGUUGCCCAAUCAUAAAGCCAUUGAUGUUGUGGUACUGAAGAUUGUAAAGAUUGUGUCACCCAAACGUGAGUGUUAAGUUGAGGGUAUUUUUUAUCCACGUCAGCGACGGUCUGUCUGACUUAACUCUCAGGGAAACGCCCUCGCACAUUACAGUGGUGAUGGAUCAUUGUUGUCACAGGAGUCUGAUAAUGGCACAUGUUUAUUCUUUAAUGAAGACGACUCUCAGCCUUUUGAAAUAAAAAACUAAACUUUAA